AUGCUCAACCCACAAACCCCUCACAGCCUAAUCGGGUCAAUCCUUUCCCACUUCGUAUCAGGCGACUCGCUAACUGCUCAAGCGCCCGCCAUGCUGUCGGCAAGAGCAUCGCGAUUCGCAUCAACAGCCAAUGUCACUCGGUUUGCAUCGCGACAUGUGACGUCGUCUCAGCAUUUUACGCGCUUCAAUUCUUCGACAGCAAGCAGCAGUGAAGAGCAAGGCAACGGUCAAGAACAAGGCAGCAGGGCGCCGCCAAUCAGGAAAUAUGCAAGCAAAGAACCCAACGAGCUCGAAAUAGAGGAAGUGCUGCGCCAAGAAAAGAAGCCCGACUAUCUCCUCCAAAGCGUUGCGCGCAGCCUGAGAGAACUAGAGGUGCGCGACAAUCUGUACAUGCCGUACAGAGUGCGCAGACAAGCGUACCCUGUCCCAUUGUCAAAUAACCCAGUACAUGUGAAAAACGCGCACGUCCAUGUCGGCAAAAAGAAGAUUCCCAGUCUCUGGCUAAGGGAUAACUGCCAGUGCGCCGCUUGCAUGCAUGAUGCGACCAAGCAGCGCUUGAUUGAUACGUUCGCUAUUCCCAGGGACAUUGCGGUGCAAACGUAUUCGUUUGAGGGGGUCGAAGAUAGCGAGAGUCAUGCGUUGUGGGUGCAAUGGACAGAUGGGCAUUGCAGCAAGUAUCCGAUACGCUUCUUCAGGGAGGCAUUGAAGAAAGAGGGAACCAAGGCCAUUCAGCGGAUAGGUCUGACGGAGCUCGCACUCUGGGGCAAGUCGGUUGUACACGAGCCGGCUCCAUCAGUGCAGUACGGCGAUGUCAUGAAGGGAGAAAUGAAGCAGAUGUUGCAGCACCUGCGCAAAUACGGAUUCUGCUACGUCGACGGGACGCCUUUCGAGGACCCAAACGACACAAAGGUGCUGCUGGAGAAGAUUGCUUUUAUCCGCGAAACGCAUUACGGCGGCUUCUACGACUUCACGGCCGACCUCGCAAGCAAGGAUACGGCGUAUACGAAUAUUGCGCUCGAGGCACACACAGACAAUACGUACUUUUCUGAUCCCGCAGGCCUGCAGGCCCUGCACCUCCUCUCACAUACCGAGGGCUUGGGCGGCGCCAGUCUGCUCGUCGAUGGCUUCACCGUUGCCCGCAAGCUCUGGAACAAAGACCGCAAAGCCUACAAUAUCCUGUCGACUGUGAAUGUGUACGGACAUGCCUCGGGCAACGAGGGCAUAUCAAUUCAGCCGUAUCGCGGCUUUCCCGUGCUCGAACACGAUGAUGCAACGGGCGAUCUCCUGCGCGUACGCUGGAACUCUUCGGACCGCGCGUCAAUCCAACUCCCCGUCGAGCACGUCGAGAUUUGGUAUGAUGCGGCGCGCCAGUUUGAUUCGCUGCUGAAGAAAGAGGAAAACGAGUACUGGGAACAGCUAAAACCAGGUCGCGUCUUGAUCUUCGACAACUGGAGAGUGCUGCAUGGACGCAGCAGUUUUACGGGUAAGCGGAGAAUCUGCGGGGCGUACCUCCAUAGGGAUGACUGGAUUAGCAAGUUCAAGAUGGCCGAGUUUGGGCAAGAAGCCAUUUUGAAGGGACUGGCUGUAAACUAAAAACAUAAAAUAAAACCGC